AUGGAAGAUAUUAACGAAGAAAAUGGUGCCCAGGUAGAAAACGAAAUAGAGGAAGUUUUAACAGCAGAAAAUGCACUCGAAGCUAUUGAAAAUGCAUGGCUUAAUGAAAAAUUUUCUCCCGAAAUUCUUCCGCAUAAAUUUGAUCUUGUAGAUUGCAUGUUGCAACAGAUAAGUCAUAUGGAAGCAAACGUGAAGGGGUUAGAAAGGGAUGAUCUUCGUUUAUGGGUUCAUAAAAUGGAACUUGAUAGGAUACGAUUCCUUAUUUCUAGUUAUCUCAGAGUGCGUUUAGAAAAAAUAGAGAGAUAUACUAUUCAUAUAUUGUCAGAGGAAGCUGCCAGACAACCAGAUGAAUCUUACUUAACUCCAGCAGAAGUACGCUUUGCUAAAGAAUAUUUGGGUAGUGUUGAACAUCUUUUCAAAACAGUGGCUUUGCAACACAUGCCUGCUAGUUUUCAAGCAUUUGAAAUAGAAAAAAUUAGCACAAAACCAAAUAUGCAAGCUCAUGUCUUUUUAAGAGCUAAUGAAAAAAUAACUGGUAUUGUUUUACCCGGUGUAAUGGAUGAAGAAAUAGACUUGGAAGCCGGCUCCCAACACAUUAUCCAGUAUAAUCUUAUUGCUGAUUUAGUUAAAAGCGGUGCAGUACAGUUAAUAUGAAUAAAUGACUCUAAAUUAUUUAUUGUGAAUGUUCAAGAAAAAUAUGAUGCUCAUCUUAUUUAUAACGAUCGACAUUCGCUGUAGCUUCAUCAAGAAUUAAAAUUUUAUUAUUUUCUAUAAUAGCACGCGCAAGACAAAGCAGCUGCCUUUGCCC